AUGUCGUCUUCGUCCUCGUUAUCAGUAAAUGGUACUGAAAAUAAAGAAAAUCAACAAUUUGAUCCACAUUCAAUGACAAACGGUUUUACUGAAGCAAAUUGUUCAUGUUGUGAUCAUCAUGAAAAUUCACUUCAUUCUCAUUCUAUUUCACAAUCACCACAAAAUGAAAAUAAUAUUGAAGAAGAACAAGAAUUAAUUUCACGUUUACAACAUUUUACGUUGGAUACAAUUAAUGAAAAUUGUGAUCAAGAUAUUUAUUUUCAUUCAUAUAAAUCUGAAGAACAAAUGCUUUCUAUAAUGAAAUUAAUCAGUGGUGUACUAUCUGAACCUUAUUCUAUUUAUACUUAUCGAUAUUUUAUUCACAAUUGGCCAGAAUUAUGUUUUCUAUGUUCAAAAAAAUCAGAAAAUUCUAAUAAUCCAUCAUCUACUCAAGAUGAUAAUGAAAAUGAAUUAAUUGGAUCUAUUGUUUGUAAAUUAGAUUUGCAUAAGAAAAUUUUACGUCGUGGCUAUAUAGCCAUGUUAGCCGUUAAUAAUGAAUAUCGUCGUAAAAAAAUAGCAUCAAAACUCGUCUGUAUGGCUAUACAAACAAUGAUGGAACGAGGAUGUGAUGAAAUUGUUUUGGAAGCAGAAGUAACAAAUCAAGCAGCAUUAAACUUAUAUGAAAAUUUAGGUUUUUUAAGAGAAAAAAGAUUAUAUAGAUACUAUUUAAAUGGUGUUGAUGCUUAUAGAUUAAAAUUAUGGCUCAAAUAA